AAAAAUCAAAAAAGACAACAAGAAUCGUGCUGUAAAAGUUUAUAUAAUUUCGUCGUUCUAAAAUGGUGUGUUUCGAACGCAUAUGAACUGUGUUUACAUCACGUGAUUACCCCGCGAAAUUUCAAAACACAGUUUCAAAAUGGUCAGUUUGUUUAUAUAUUUUUUCUAAAGCGUUUUAAAGUGUACGAAAGUUAUGAGCGCUAGAGGCAGUUCUAGAUUUAAAAUUACUAAAGCAAAUGAAUCGAAGAAAAGAUUCAAAGAAGAGAAUGAAGGAGACGUUAUUUCGAAUCAUGAAGUCAAUGUAAAUAUUCAAGACGAAGGUAAAGAACACACAUGCAUAAGCAGCCUGGAAUCUCCAAAUAUAACAUUCAAGACUCCAUCACCUGACUUAUCUUCUUAUGAUGGAAAUCUCGCUUUAUACGUUGAUGAUAUAAAUCAACGAGGAAAAAUACAGAACUUUAUUCGUACAGUCAGUAGUUAUUCAGCUGCAAUUCCGGCUCCAGAUUGCAAUAGCGAUGUUGAGUCAAAACCAGAAGUAGCGAAGCUUGGGACACUAGUUGGUGUUUAUUUGCCGUGUAUUCAAAACAUUCUUGGUGUCAUCUUGUUUAUUCGACUGUCAUGGAUUGUUGGUACUGCAGGCAUCAUGCAAAGCUUCUUCAUAGUUUUCACGUGUUGCUGUUGCACCAUGCUAACUGCAAUAUCAAUGAGUGCCAUUGCAACAAACGGAGUUGUACCUGCUGGCGGAUCCUAUUUUAUGAUCUCAAGGAGCCUGGGACCUGAAUUUGGCGGUGCAGUGGGCGUUUUAUUUUAUCUGGGGACAUCGUUUGCAUCAUCCAUGUAUAUUUUGGGAGCUGUUGAAAUCCUUCUGACAUACAUAGCACCAAGUUUAUCACUAUUUGGAGAUAUUCAAUCCACAGAUGGCAGUAUAUCUACAGCCAUGUUGAACAACAUGCGGGUUUAUGGAAGUAUUUUAGUGGUAUUAAUGGGUGGCUUAGUGUUCAUUGGUGUGAAAUAUGUCAACAAAUGUGCUUCGCUCUUCCUGGCCUGUGUUUUGUUGUCCAUUGCGGCCAUUUUUAUUGGCUUCUUUUCGAUUCAUGCGAGAACAUCGCCAAGUGUUUGUUACGUUGGCAACCAUCUUUUGUCUCAAUCAUCUUAUGAUACCUGCAACAAAAAUGAUUCAGUGUUGGUGCAACUAUAUCAAAGUGAUUCAUCUGCUUCUGAUUUUUUCAAUAUGUCGAGUGUGCAUGAGAAGACUGCAAUUCCUGGCAUCACCAGUGGUCUUUUUUCUGACAACGUACCCAGUUACUACAGAGGGAGUGGAGACAUAACGAGAGGAAGGGAAGGCUUCAGUGGUGAAGUAGUUGCUGAUAUGACAACUUCAUUUACCACUUUGCUGGCUAUCUUCUUUCCGUCUGUUACCGGUAUAAUGGCUGGUUCGAAUCGUUCAGGGAAUCUUCAAAACGCACAAUACUCGAUCCCACGUGGUACAAUAGCUGCCAUUUUGACAACAUCUACUCUUUAUUUACUUUCUGUCUUAUUUCUUGGAGCGACUGUAAACAGUGACGUAUUAAGAGACAAAUUUGGAGAUAGUAUAGGUGGCGCCAUGAUUGUAUCGAAACUUGCAUGGCCAAACGAAUGGGUGAUUUUAAUUGGUUCUUUGUUAUCCACAAUUGGAGCUGGUCUGCAAAGUCUGACAGGAGCACCACGACUUCUUCAAGCGAUAUCCAAUGAUGGUAUUAUUCCAUUCCUUCGUGUCUUUUCAACAGUUUCAAAAGAUGGUGAACCGAAGAGAGCGCUACUUAUUACUUUAUUUAUAUCUGAAAUUGGAGUUCUUAUCGCCAACCUCGAUUCGGUAGCACCAAUCAUAACCAUGUUCUUUUUGAUGUGUUACGGGUUCGUGAACUUUGCAUGCGCUCUACAAUCAUUGCUUCGAUUACCCAACUGGAGACCACGAUUCCGAUUUUAUCACUGGUUGUUGUCAGUACUUGGUGUAUGCUUGUGCUUUGCCCUUAUGAUAAUAUCAAGCUGGUACUAUGCGCUAGUGGCUAUAUUCUUAGCAGGAUUUUUAUACAAAUAUAUUGAAUAUCAAGGAGCACAAAAGGAGUGGGGAGAUGGGCUGAGUGGAUUGGCGUUGAGUGCGGCUCGAUUUGGUCUGCUUCGUCUUCAAGGUACACACGUGCACACUAAAAAUUGGAGGCCUCAACUUCUUGUGUUGUGUGGUACAGGACAGUUUGCACACCGUUUGUGUGAUGAAAGUAAAAAGCUGAUCUCCAUCGCAAGUCAACUUAAAACAGGUCGAGGACUAACCGUGGUCGGUGCAGUUGCUGAAAUAAGUUAUUUGGAAUCAACUUUAGAAGUGGAUGAACUAGAGGAGGAAAUCAAGGAUGAAAUGGAGCAGAUGAAGGUGAAAGGAUUUCAUACUGUUGUGGCGUCACCACAUUUAAUGGAUGGUAUGGCUUGCUUAAUCCAAGCAACAGGUUUAGGAGGGUUGAAACCUAACACUGUUAUGGUAUCAUGGCCACAUGAUUGGAAAAACAAUCCAAGAUGGCAGUCAUUUAUCCAUUCUGUAAGAAUGACGUCGCAAAUGAAACGAGCACUGGUUGUAGUAAAAAAUGCUGACUUGUUCCCAGACCUCACUUGUCGUGAAGAAGGAAACAUUGAUAUUUGGUGGAUAGUCCAUGAUGGCGGACUCAUGUUGUUGAUGAUGUUUCUACUGAGACAACAUAAAGUGUGGAGAAAAUGCAACCUGAGGUUAUUCACAGUGGCUCAAAUCAAUGACAACAGCAUUCAAAUUAAAAAAGAUCUUUCAAGUUUGAUAUAUAACUUACGAAUACAUGCUGAGAUAGAAGUUAUUGAACUGAACGACAGCGACAUAUCAGCUUACACAUAUGAGAGGACACUCAAAGCAGAAGAAAGAAAACAGAUGGUCAAUAAAAUGAAAUUGUCACGGAGUGAAAGCAAAAAAGAGGCACAGCUCAUAUUUGAUAAAGGUCAUCGUCCGAGACAUCAGCCGCAUAAUGGAACAGAACAUGUUGAUUCCAUUCGUGAAAAUGCUGCUGCUGCAUCUGCCAGUGAUACGCCAAAUUUACCUAACGAAGACAAUGUGCGGAAGAUGGACACAGCUGUCAAAAUUAACAAACUCGUGUUAGAGAAAUCAUCGACAUCUCGUUUAGUGAUGAUUAACUUACCAAAACCACCUAGACACGGUAUUAAAGAAUUUAUUUAUAUGGAAUUCAUUGAGGUAUUAACGGAAGGUUUGCAGAGGGUGUUUCUGGUUCGUGGUGGUGGACAUGAAGUAGUCACCAUUUAUUCGUGACAUGUAAUAGAUGAUGUUUUUGUCUAACCACGAACAAGUUUUCACUUUUAAAAUCAGUUAAAUAGGUAAUUUUUAAAAACAUUUACAGGGUCAGCGAUGACCCUGUAAAUGAAGACCCUUAAUUCUUUUGCUAAAAUGCAAAGAUUUCAGUAGAUUUUUGUAAAUAAUAAAGAAUUGCAUUUAAAGUGGAAAAAGCACCUAAAUUGAAUCAAUUUGAUGCAAUUUUGGAGGAUCUGAAAACCAGUUUUUCGACGCCUAACCAUGAUAGGCGCCAUUUUACCGCCCCUUAACUUUAAAAGCCGUGUAGCCGGCCCUGAUUUAGCAUUGAGAAUCAUGGCAGUUUUGUUGCUAUGCAACUCAAUUAAUUCUUACCUUUAAAUCACUAAUAAAUUAUUUAUAAAUAUUAUUUAUUAUUGUUAAGUAUUUAUUUUUUAUUUGCCAAAGUGUUUUAUUGUGAUAGGAAUUUGUUGUGAUUUUUAAAGAAUAAUAUCCAGUAAC